AUGAGCAAUCCGUCUAUGUUGAGCUAUCCUAGCUUGGGACCUCAACAGCAGCCGAAUUUGAUGCCUGGGAUGCGCGCUGACACGCCUAAUGGGAUGCAUCAACAGUUACAUGGGAAUCCAAUGGGGGCUGUUCCACCGCCAGGCAUAAUGAAUCCAAGUAUGGGAGUUUCAGGAGACUCGGUUCCGCAUCAAUUGCUCAGCCAUCUUGGCCAGAGCGGUGUAGACCACAGUGGGGCCGCGAAUGGUGCGGCAAUGACUGGCAAUAACGGGAACGAAAAGAAUGCUUUGUACCAUCCACAUCUUGAAGAGCCUGCCUUAUUGAAUAAUCCGAUUUGGAAAUUACAGUUACAGUUGGCAGCUGUGUCUAUGCAAUCUGUGGGACAACCUAACGUAUAUGCUAGGCAAAACGCGAUGAAGAAAUACCUAGUGAACCAGCAGCAACAGAAGCAGCAACAGCAGCAACAACAGCAGCCUGUGCUAGAUCAUCAGCGGCAGCCGGGGCUGUUACAGCAGAUUUCUGGGGGUCAGCCCUUGCAACAACAGGAUCAAUUGCAAAAUCCUCAAAUGGCAGAUGCGUCAAUAUCUCUAGUCGAUAAGACCAAGCAAUUGUUGAUGGAAAUGGCUACGGAAACCAAAGAUAACAGUGCUACGAAUAACAACCCUCCUGGCUCCGCGAAUACUUAUGCGACGGGGAAUACGAGCGGUUCCAUAUCUUCUCCAUCUACUCCAAAGACAGAGUUACACCAUUUGAGAGAUCAGAACACUGGAACUCCAACAUUACUUUUACAACACAAGAAGCUUUCCCAGUUCAAUAUAGAUGAAGAUGACGAGACAGAGCACCGGAUGACUGCACCAAAAAACACUAAGUUUGAUGACCAACUGUGGCACGCAAUUGAUUUUUCGAACCUUCAAAUCUUUAACAUCAGUUCCAAUUUGUUUAAGUAUACAUUCCUCACCAGAUUGUAUUUGAACGGUAAUAGUUUAACGUCUUUACCACCGCAGAUCAAGUCCCUGGUGAAUUUGCGUGUGCUGGAUCUGUCACACAACAGGUUGACCGCGUUGCCCAAGGAACUCGGGCUUUGUUACCAAUUAAAAUACCUCUACGUUUUUGAUAACCAGAUCACAACCUUACCGUGGGAGUUUGGUAGUCUUUUCAACUUGCAAUUCCUAGGUUGCGAAGGCAAUCCCUUGGACAGGCAACUACUGAAAAUACUGGCCGAGAAAUCGGUAACAGGGUUGAUCUUUUAUUUGCGUGACAACAGACCAGAAGUGCCGCUCAAUAAAGACCGUGAUUUCAUUGAGAUUAACGCAGAAGGCGAACCCGUGGAGAAAUACAGAUCUUUGCAUGAAGCUGAUGAACAUUUAAGCUCCGAGCUGUCUAAGAGAAGUUUCACUGUUUUGUCUUACAACACACUUUGCCAACAUUAUGCCACCCCAAAAAUGUAUCGUUAUACACCAUCCUGGGCUUUGAGUUGGGAUUACAGACGUGAAAAACUAACGGAGCAAAUUUUGUCGUAUAUGACAGACGUCAUCUGUUUGCAAGAAGUUGAGGCAAAGACUUUCGAAGAAUAUUGGGCACCUUUGAUGCAAAAGCAUGGUUACUCUGGUUUAUUCCAUGCAAAGACUAGAGCCAAGACAAUGCAUUCUAAGGAUUCGAAGAAAGUAGAUGGAUGUUGUGUCUUUUACAGAGAAAACGAGUUCAAACUUGCUUACAAAGAUGCAGUUGAUUUUAGCGGAGUCUGGCAGAAGCAUAAGAAAUUUCAACGUACAGAAGACUAUUUGAACCGUGCAAUGAAUAAGGAUAACGUUGCUAUCUACCUCAAGUUACAACAUAUAAAGAGCGGAGAAUCAGUAUGGAUCGUCACCACACAUUUACAUUGGGACCCACAAUUCAACGACGUCAAGACUUUCCAGGUCGGUGUUCUAAUGGACCACAUAGAGAACCUACUUAAGGAGCAAAGCAACGCUCAGUCAAAACAAGAGGCAAAGAAAUGUCCUGUGAUAUUAUGUGGGGACUUGAACUCUGAGAUACAUUCAGCAGUUUAUGAACUACUAAGCACGGGACGCGUCCAAGCACAUGAUGAUAUCAAGGGAAGAGACUUCGGUUACAUGACUCAAAAGAAUUUUGCCCAUAACUUAGCCAUGAAAUCGAGUUACAGCUACAUCGGUGAAUUGCCAUUAACUAACUUCACUCCUUCAUUCACCAGUGUGAUCGACUACAUAUGGUUUUCGACUCAGUCACUCCGCGUACGUGGGUUACUUGGACCAAUAGAUCCCGACUACAUCUCUCAAUUCAUCGGAUUCCCCAACGCAAAAUUCCCAAGUGACCACAUACCCGUAUUGGCGAGGUUUGAGUUUUUAAAAGGAGGAGCCGGCUCCAGUAGAAAGAUAUGA